AUGGCCGAUAUUCGAGCUACCUUCAAAAACAGCCUUCGCCCUGCCGAGGAAGAAAUUCAGUUGAUACUUCGAUCAGUCAAUAAGGCAUAUGAGAAGAUUCUGAGUCGAGUGCCUUCUAACCGUGUUAGUACUGUGAAAAACGUGCUGCAAAUCAUUGUUGGGGCACGGCGCCCCCUGACCACAGAGGAAAUGGCUAUGGCGCUCGGUAUAGCCGAAUCACCGCAAUCCGAGACUGUAGCAGAAGCUGGACUGGACUCAUCGCGAAUGGGUGGAGUUAUACGUCGAUUAUGUGGUCUUUUUGUCUUCAUUAAUCAUUCCAAGGUUUAUCUGCUGCAUCAGACAGCAAAGGACUUUCUUAUGAGGAAGAAUAAUGCUUGCAAUAUCGAACACCUAUUCUUAUGGACACUUACCGACGUGGAGCAUCAGCUGGCUUUGAUCUGCUUACGAUGCUUGUUAAUGAAAAAUCUGGUUAAUGAUGAUCUUUACCACAUUCCAGGAUUUCUGAAAUACGCAGCAAUUUAUUGGCAAGAUCAUGUCAGGGAGAUGGGCGUCACCCAAGACCCCAAGGCCAUUCAAAGACUCCAGCAAGUAUACACAAUGUCUCCCCGUCGACUUUCAUUGUUGUUUACAUCAAUGUCGACUAUUAACGAUCCAUGCGAGAGUCUAAACAUACCUGCUUUAACCCUAGCGUCAAGGAAUGGGCAUAUUCAGGCUGUCGAAUUUCUCUUGUCUGCGACGGGAACCGACGUCAAUGCGAAAGAUGAAUGGGAGAAUAGGUCGAUUUUCUGGGCCUCAAAAGAGGGAUAUGAUGAGGUCGUGCAGCUACUACUCGAGAGAGGAGCCGAUGUCAACGCUCAAGGUGGCAACGCCCAGUUGAAUCGUGCGGCUAUUGAGUCGAACAAGCAGCCGGCGUCAAUGUCGAAGGUCUAUCCUCCAGAUAUGCCCUGUAAACGUCCUCUCGUCAAGGACAUGAUCAAGUCUCGAAAAUUGGCCCAGUCAGUGCUGGAAGUGGACUUUAUGCAGGCGCUUCCUGAUCCGUCAUCGAAUCGAUAA